AUGAUUGAGCAACUUCUCCGGCCGGCCGUGCUGGUGCCGGUUGUGGCCUUCGUCGGGUUUGUCAUCCACCAGCUCUUCUUCGCCGGGCCGAAGCUCCCGAAGCUCCCUAUUCUCGGUGCCAAACACGGAGACUGGUUCCCCUUUUACCAGGCGACAUGGAGGAAUACGCUCAACUUCAAAGCCGCCGUACUGGAGGCCGAUACCAAAUACCGGGACCAGGCCGUUCUGAUGCCCGUAGUUAUGGCUUCCAACAUGGUCUUGCUGCCCCGCUCCGAGACCCAGUUUGUCACCGACCAGCCCGAUAGCGUCCUCGACAUGCACACACAGGCCAUCGACUCUCUGCAAAUCGACUACACCACGACCGACCCAUCCCUUGUCCACAACCCAGUACACCACAAGCUCAUCACUACCACCCUAACCAACCAGAUCGGCAACCUCGUCCCAGAUGUCGCCGAGGAGACCGCGUGGGGCUUUGAUCGACACUGGGGCAGCUCCACCGAGUAUCACGAGGUGUGUGUCUACGACACCAUGCGCCGGAUUGUUGGCUCUGUCACAAACCGCGUCUUCGUCGGCAAUCCCAAGUGCCGCGACCCGGCCCUGCUCACCGAAGGUAUGGGCUAUGCUCAGGACGUACCCCUAACCUCGACGCUGCUCCGCAUGGUGUGGAAGCCUCUGCGCCCCCUCGUCGCCUUCUUCGCUACGCUACCUAUCCACCUCCGCACCCGCCGCUUCGAGAAGAUCCUCGCACCGGAGAUCGAGAAGCGGUUGGCUGACUAUGACGCCCGCCAACGCGACCCCGAGAAGAAGUCGAACGGUCCUGAGCCUAACGAUUUCCUUCAGUGGUCCAUCAAACAGGCUAAGGACAGCGGCGACCCGUACAUGUGGAAGACGGCCACGCUGGCUGGGCGCAUCCUGCUGCUCAACUUCGCCGCCAUCCAUACGUCCUCCUUCACCAUCACCAGCGCCAUCCUUGAGCUGGCCGCGACUAAGCAAGAGUACAUCGACGAGCUCCGAACUGAGAUUGAGGAUGUGCUUGCCGAACACGGCGGCGAGUGGAACAAGCGGGCCUUGGCUAAGAUGCAGAAACUCGAUAGCGUCAUGCGCGAGUCGGCACGGUUAAACUCGUUCGUCACCAUCGGUCUAAGCCGCGCGGUGGUGGCCAAGGAGGGCAUAACCACGCCUUCCGGCAUCCGCAUCCCCCGUGGCGUCACCGUCAACGUUCCGAGCUACCCGGUCUUCCAGGACAACCAGAUCUACCCGGACGCCGAGCAGUUCAAGCCUUUCCGCUUCGCCGAGCAGCGUAGCGACGAAAGCGUCGAAUACGUGAAGCGCGCCGCCAAGGCCUUUGCCACCACCAGCACUGACUACCUCGCCUUUGGUCACGGCCGCAACGCCUGCCCGGGUCGUUUCUUUGCCGCCAACGAGCUCAAGCUCAUGCUAGCGCACCUCGUCCUCCAUUACGACAUUCGGCUUGGCGGGGACAGGCCGCGUAACUCGUGGUUCGGCCUAAACAGAAUACCGCCUCUUGAAGCUACCAUCCAGAUCAAGAAGAGGACCGUGAAGGCGUGA